AUGGGUCUAAAGAGUAAAAUCGCUGAUGUUGACAUCCCAGAAAACCUCUCUUGGCCACAGUUCGUGUUUCAGAACUUUGAACAAUACGGUGACAAGACGGCAAUAGUAAGUACAGAUGGGGUUCUUUCUUCAUCCAAGAGGAACAAAUUUGCUUUAAGAUGUUGUUUAUCAGAGUCGAGCAGGAUUCUCACGUCUUUCUCAUAUAGAUGUUUAACUGCUCGAAAACCUGAAGACGCAGAAAUCAGUACUUCAACGGGAUACAAGAAGUCACGACUUCAACAAAUAUUAAUACAUUUGACAUUUAAAUUGGGCGAAUUAGUCAAUCCCACUUCAAUUGGCAGUUGCAUAUUAUGGUAUUUUCAACAAACCAUCGACCAAUUUAAUUGUAACUGAGGGCUACGACCUGUGUAUGUGUUAUUGCGUGUAAUAUCGCGUUUUGCUGUAAAGUUCAAUGGAGUUUAAUAAUCGUUAAUUGGUGUCAAAAAUAUCGUGACUCAAUGCCCAAAGUGCUAAUUACUGUUUGUCUCACCUUCUGUCCAAGGUUACCAUGACAAUAGGCAUCGUUCGUUUUGUCCUACAAUGUUUAUUGUUUUUUACUGCCCCGUCCAAACGUACGCGUUUUUGUUUGAAAACGGAGAUUUUUUUCCAUAUUGACCUACCGUCCACACGUAUCAGGUGAAAAUGGUCACCGAAAACACAUCUAUUCAAAAACUUUCUCCAUAGUGAAGAUUUUUUUGAAAACGCCGGGCCACUCGUUUACGUGUCGAUGGACGAAAACGAAGGUUUUCCAAUACGGUGAUGUAAUACAUCAUUUACCACUAGCAUAACGCAUGCUCUGUGAGGGAUGCUAUCGUAUUUCCAGUGUUUAGCGUUUUCAUAUGGACAGGCGAAAACGAUUCGAAUACGCCACUUGUGGACGCGUAUUUUUCUUGAAAACGGAGGGGAAAAGAUCUCGUUUUCAAAAAUAUCCGGAUACCUGUGACGGAGCCUGCGUCUCUGAUUUCUGCUAAAGAAAGGCUUAAUAUCUUUUACACAGCUGCUUCAAAAAGAUUUAAAAUGAACUUUCCUAGGGGCUGUAACACCACGAUGAAGAGCAAACUACAUUAAAUUACUAAAAACCCAGCUGACGUUUUUGGCCAUGAAAGAAAUUCACUUUAAGUAACCCCGUCCGGCUUUAAUUGUAUCUUUGACUAACAACUGGAAAAAAAAAAUGAAACUUUAAAAAGUCGGGGUGUUGUGUUUGUUUGUUUUUGUUUUUGUUUUGUUUUUUUGUUUUUUUCGAGUUUUAUUGGGUUAUCUGGCAAAUAUCGCUUAAAAAGCAUCGGUUGAAGGCUUUGCAUUUGAGAAUGAAUAGUAUUCCUCUUGCCUGAGCAUGAGUCGUUGUGCAUGGGCCAUUUCGUGAAGGCCCCAGUUGUUCAAAAGGUGAAUAGCGCUAUCCACCGGAUAAAUCACUAUCCACUGGAUAGCUCAGUUGGUUUCCUUAACACUUAAUAUCCGUUGGAUAGUGAUUUAUCCCGGCGGUGGGUAACGCUAUCCAUCUUUUGAACAAUUGGCUCCAGGAGAAGAUAAGUCCUAACGUAAUUCACACAAAAUCCUGGGAGAAUAAUUUUUAAAUAUUGCCCAGUAGAAUACAAUUUCAUAUGUGGGUUAGCAGACAUCAAUAGAUAGAGGAUAUUACACGGUGGCGCGAAGAUAUGAAUUUUAUUUUCGAGUGACAAAACAAUAUUUUACGAACGAGCGCAGCGAGUGAGUAAAAUAUUGUUUUUGCGACGAGAAAAUAAAAUUCAUAUCUUCAAGCCGCCGUGUAAUGUUCUUUUUAUUAUAUAGACAAAAAGACAUCAAUGAAAAAAUAGAUUUUUAUUCGCCAAGAAGUAAUUGCGACGGCUCAAAUUUACAGUACAGCUAUAUGACAUUGUGGUUACCAUAAUCUUGAGAAAUAACACUGAGCUGAAUAGGGCUCUACAAUGACAAAAUAUACGCAACGCUUUGAAAAAUGUGGAAGAAAAAUUCAAAAGACGCAAGACGCCUACAAAUUUCGAAGGGAGAUUACCGAAAUUACGUCAUCGAUAAACUCAUGUGUGAGAUUAUGGAAAAUAAACCCCUCGUGUCCCGGAUGUAGUUUUUAAGAAUUUUACGAGUGGUAUAUUUUCCAGUGAAAACACUCGUGUUUAUAUAAUAAAAAUGUAUUAGGCACUGUAAUAUAUAGUGCAUAUCUAUGCAUUCAUAAAUUUCCUUUGAACAUUUGUAAGUGAUUUUUUUUGCAACCACAGAGGAAAUGAUAAAUAUUUGGUCUUGAACUGCACAGUAGCAAAAAAAUAACACAGGAUAUUUGUAUGUUAAUUGACGACAACCACCAGAAUCCUUCAGUUUGUUGCUUUCUUGUGCAAAUCAGGGCUAUUGCUGUAUUUGCACGUAUCAAGAAAUCGUCUAUUGUACCGGGUCCAAUUCACCAAGACAAGAGCCUUUUGUCCUAUGUGAUGCUUCCGAAAACAGACCGAACACUGCAAGCAAGUGCGCUGGGUACCCACUAAAGUCGCCGGAAAUCCCACGCACGCAAACGGGACCACGUGGCCACCUUAACUAGUUCCAGGUCUAUGUUGGCCCUUAAAACACAGUUUAGGCUAUUUUCAUACAAUACCGGAUAGCUUUUGCGCCGCCAUGAAAAUCAUACUGGACAGGGCUUCUGUUCACACAUAAGAACGGUUGUGGCGGCGCGAUUUCUGUGACAGAGCAAAACAACGCGGCGCCGAUCUCCAGAGGAGAGUGGUGCUCACACUAUACCGGCUAUAUAGCUUUUCGUGGUGCCACGAAAAGCUAUAGCCGGUAUAGUGUGAAGAUAACCUUUGCCAACCAUAAACGUCAAGAUUUUUUUUCCAACCUAGUUUCAUGUUUAAUAACUAGGAAACAAUGUGUAAAUUUAAUUUCAUCAGUGUUUGACGCAAAGAAUUGUCAGCAGCUGAAUAUCAGUAGAGCUCUAAGCAAAAUGGUAACCAAUCACAUACUACCAAGUAAAUAUUCUGAGAUCUUUUGCACCGUAUUUUCCUCCUGCAAAAGUACUUUAAAUAAUUUAUUAGAUUCUGAGUAUUAAUUGCUGCUUUCUAUCUACUUAGGCCGACGGUCUAACUGGUCGUUCAUACACAUUCCAGCAACUAACAGUACUAACCAAAAAAUGCGGCUCAGCUCUUACGAAAAGAGGUUUCAAAAAGGGCAACGUAUUUGCCAUUUUGCUGCCUAAUAUCCUGGAAUAUCCCAUAAUAUAUUACGGUGUCAUUUCGAUUGGAGGAACAGUAACAACAAUGAAUCCUUUGUACACAGAGGAAGAAAUUGCGCAUCAGCUGAAAGAUGCAACCGCCCAACACAUAAUAACAAUACCUUUGUUUGCUGAAAAGGCGAAACAAAGCGCUUCAAAAGUCGGUAUAGAAACUGUGUUUGUUGUCGGGGAAGCUGACGGCUGCGAGCCUUUCUCGGUCCUCCUCCAAGACGAUGGCGAAGAGUUUCCAGAAGAUGUUCAAUUCGACCCAAAGGAUGACAUCGCCUGCUUAGCCUACUCCAGUGGAACAACGGGUGCUCCGAAAGGAGUCAUGCUGACUCAUUUUAAUCUGAUUGCAGAUGCAUCUAUUGCCCUUCAUGAACGUUUUUAUUUGUUGAACGAAAACCCAGUCGUUCUUGGGCUGUUGCCCUUUUUUCACGCUUUUGGACAGAUGACAUCUUUGUCGUGUGCUUUGCUGAAAGGCGCAACUGUUGUUUGUGUAGCGAAGUUCGAGCCGGAGUCUUUCCUCAAGAUAAUGCAGGACUAUAAGGUAUAAGCAAUCUGGAUAAGAUUGUAAAAAUUGCUUAAAAAACAAUUUGUUCGAAUAUCGCUUGGGUUUAUUCAUUUUGCUAGUCCUAAAAUGUGCGACAACAUUAGUUGAGACACUUUGCCUUAAAGGACUUUUCUGACGUUUUGCUGACUUCAAAAGGGGAAAAUAAAGCUUCCCCUCCCCCACCCCCUCCAUGCAAUGUCGUGCCGCUGUUCGAGCUACCUGUAGAAAACAGCAAAUAUCUCCACUCUGAUUAGAGGGGAGAGGGAAGGGGUGUGGAUUGUUUUGUUCUCUGAAGUUACUCUAUUUGAGUACAAUGUCUCAAUGUCUUUGUCGCCUAUUGUUGGCUAUUAAAAAGAGAAGUCACUAGAACUCUGUGAUCAAUUCUCAGGUUAGCCAUGCAGCCAUUGUGCCUUCUACUUUGAUGUUUUUAGCCAAAAGUCCGCUGGUUGAACAGUUCGACCUGUCAAGUUUGCAAGAUGUUUCGUGUGGAGCAGCACCUCUUGGCGAAGAUCUGUCAAAAGUCCUCAUGGCCCGCCUCCCGUCCAUAAAGUGGUUACGACAAGGUAACCAGUUUGAGCAGUUAUGGCUUAGAAAUUCAAAUUCGUCUUAGGAGCUUUGGCUGUUCAUAUCAAACGCAGUGGCUAGUUGAAGUAUAGUUCACCUUUUUCGAUUGUUCUAUACGCUUUGUUUUUCCCAAAAUAUUUGCGUUUGUAUUCUAUUCAGUUUUAUCUUGGGACGCAUGCAAGGCCAGCAGGAAACAUAAUUCGAAUUCAAAAUUUUGGAGGGCAAACAAAACGUAUGAUGGGCAAUGCGAAAAUAGAGAGUUGACCCUUUAUAUAACCGAAACAAAUAAUGCCAUCCAAGCCCAUCUGGAACUUUUAAAAUAAUUUUAUGCCAAAAAUUAGCGAGUAGCGUUCGAGGGCUGUUACUUUUCCAAAAUUUAACAAAGUGUCAACAUUCACCAAUCUGUAUAGGGUGGAUCUAAGUACAUUUGUGAGUUUUAGAAUGAAAUCCUAAUGCAUCACUUUUGAAAUGAAAGCUACUGAGCAGUACGUUCCUGUUUUUCUGUGUUGUAUACUAUGAGUGGUUCUAACUUUUGAGUCUGUGUAUGAAAUCCCAAAGCUUUACCAUUGAAAUUGAAGCUCAGAUGAGCAGCACUUCUCUUUUCUUGAUCUUGGAUUAAGAUGAAAUUAGUGACCCAUCAAUGAAAUGAUGUUCUUUACUUUGGGUAGGUUACGGUAUGACUGAACUUAGCCCUGUUAGUCACGUUUCUCCCUGCGACGAUAGCAUCAAACACGGAUCUAUUGGGCUGCUUCUACCAAAUCUGGAGUGCAAAGUAAGUGUAUAUAUUGCGAGAAUAACUGACUUGCUAAUAUGGAAUGACAAAAAUAAUGGCACUGCAGAAUAAUCACAAAAGCGACAUGAAGACAUAUGCGACGAUCAUGACAGUGACGAAAUUAGAUCCGACAACGGCGACGGCGACGGCAGCGAGAACGCCAAUUACGCGUAGGGUUAGAUUGGCAAAACAACAACUUUGCACGUCCAUCACGCUUUUUUGUACAUUUCUUUGCCGUCGUUGCACGACUACAGCGUGAGGACGGGAACACAAGACAACAACUUUCUUUUCCUUUCCCUGAACUCCGAUACAAUCCUUUAGAAUUCAACUCCAAAAAAAAAUUGCAACAUUUUACGAAUUAAAUGAGCUAGAAUAAGCGUCAUAAAGUUUAAAGCAGCCAGCAUUCACUUUUUAAGUGACGUUUUUGCAGCCGUCGCGGUCGUCAGAUCUUAAUCUCCCUAAUGACGCCGACGACGACGACGAUAGCGAUGAUAAUGAUGAUAAUGAUCACGAUGGUGAUGACGGGCGCGAUCCAUUGAACCAAGCCGGCUAUUCCGCAUUAGUAAAAUCCAAAUAGUGGUUAUACUACUAGGCCAUAUGUUAUAGCCCACUAGUAGCGAAAAGCGGAUUAAAGGAUUAAAGUCUAGCUUUAGCUACCUAAGUUGUUUUGUCUCGAUAUUGUUGACCAACUAGUUGGAUUUUACUAAAGCAAUUAUUUCUCUCCCCUCAUCGCCUCUGAAUCAAUAACCCAUUCGACCUUCGGCCCCAUGGCCCCAUGGUGUGUAUGGCCAUCACCAUUCCGGGCUCGAGGAAUAAUUGUUAAAUAUCUCCUGAAACUUCGCUGAGUAAUCGCUGAGUAAUCGCCGGUCUUAUUGAAGGUGAAGCGUUUCUGUCGGAUAUUUGAUCGGAAAUUUGUUGUUCUAGCUUGACCAUUUCUAUCAGUUUUCAGUACUAAAACUUUUUAAAUUUUGUUGGUCCAAAACUGAAUGAAUUGGUUCAAGCUUACGGGCCUAGGGCUCGAUAUUCGUCCUAAUAUAAAUAGCCAAAAAAAAGACGUUGCUCCAAAAUCGCCUCCCAUUCAAAUCACAAAAUUUUUAGCCUGCAAAGUAGGCGUAUUUUGCAGUGCGAAGGACGAUUCUAUAUGUUCUUCCACCAUUUCGGACCUUAAAACUGACACAGAGUUGGGGCGAGUGACGGUCUGCCGCUCCUCCCUUAGUUUUUUAAUUGCUGUCAAGAUGGUGGCCGCGAUAAAUAUACCUUUGAGCUCUCUUUAAAAAAAAAGCCUGCUCUGCAGUCUACAAAAAUUUGUAAAGAUCAAUUUCGACGACCAACAAGAUGACCACCACCACCACGACGCUGAUGAUGAUACCGCAUAAUGAUGAUGAUGAUGAUUUUAGAUGAACUACAAAUGGAAUUAUCAUUUGACAAACAUCUUGUUUUUGCAGAUUGUCAACAUUGAAAAUGGGACUGAACUUGGCCCUAAUGAAGACGGGGAAAUCUGCGUAAGAGGUCCUACUGUUAUGAAAGGUAGGAAGCAACAGUAAGAUGCGGAAAUGAGAGGCUUUCAUACAUGGUUCUAAGAGUGAGACAUUUUAACUUAUGCAGUUGAAAGAAAAAAGCCUACAAUAAAAGUAUUGUCUCUCUUCUCAACUCAUGCAAAAUUAAAAUAUAUACGAUAAACUGAAACGACUACAGUAGUAUUCAAACCACUUUUAUCUCGUUUUUAGCGUCAAACUUUGGCAAGAAAAUUGUCGGCUUGUAAAAUGAUUUGAGAGUUACUUGAGGAAACAAACUGUCAUUUUCACGUUAAUUAACACUAUGGCAACCAAUUCUAUUAAAGAAGUUGUUAAUUAUUACAUUUAAAUUAUUGGCGUUUUGAUGUUUUCUGAUAGAAGCGUGAGGCGAGCACCACUUUUCAACAAAAUUUCAAAAUUAAGGAAAGUUUUCGUUACAUAAUGUUCUCAAGUACCCAGGUUGACGGUGAAUAGGUACCAGGUGCCCGUUUCUCUAAAGUCCAGGUAACUUUUAGGGCCCGAAUUCAAAAAUUAAAAUCGAAAUAUAAAGAAUAAGAGCGCUGCUCCUGGCUAGCGAACUACUCCAUUUUGUUUUAUUAACUGGUAGUGUCCUCACGUUUGAUGCAAAACUAUUGAAACCUCUAUCUUGUAUGUAAACAACAACAGCUUACGGGCACGUUAAUUAUCGGGACUUUUGAGAAACAGGCCCCAGAGAGGAUCAAGUUCAGCAUGAAAUAAUACGUGUAAUGGACUUUUCACUGAUACCCCCAGAACCUCUCAUGGUCCAGUUCUUGGCGUCAAGUUUUUUAAAAAAUAACAGGGAAUAUGAAGACUGUAUUUCCCUCAA